AUGGUACAUAUUGACCCAGCUGGAGACACUCUGCCUCAGUCCCUCACCUUUGGCCUCAGUCCCUCACCUUCGGCCUCAGUCCUUCGGCCUCAGUCCCUCACCUUCAGCCUCAGUCCCCCACCUUCAGCCUCAGUCCCCCACCUUCUGCCCCAGUCCCUCACCUUCAGCCACAGUCCCUCACCUUCAGCCACAGUCCUUCACCUUCUGCCCCAGUCUCUGCCUCAGUCCCUCACCUUCAGCCUCAGUCCCUCACCUUCAGCCCCAUCCCUCACCUUCAGCCAAAGUCUCUGCCUCAGUCCCUCACCUUCAGCCCCAGUCCCUCACCUUCUGCCCCAGUCCCUCGCCUUCAGCCCCAGGCCCUCGCCUUCAGCCCCAGGCCCUCGCCUUCAGCCCCAGGCCCUCGCCUUCAGCCCCAGGCCCUCGCCUUCUGCCCCAGGCCCUCGCCUUCUGCCCCAGUCCCUCGCCUUCAGCCCCAGUCCCUCGCCUUCAGCCCCAGUCUCUGCCUCAGUCCCCCACCUUCAGCCUCAGUCCCCCACCUUCAGCCUCAGUCCCCCACCUUCAGCCUCAGUCCCCCACCUUCAGCCUCAGUCCCCCACCUUCAGCCUCAGUCCCCCACCUCCAGCCACAGUCCCUCACCUUCAGCCACAGUCCCUCACCUUCGGCCUCAGUCCCCCACCUUCGGCCUCAGUCCCCCACCUUCAGCCUCAGUCCCCCACCUUCAGCCUCAGUCCCCCACCUUCAGCCUCAGUCUCUGCCUCAGCCCCUUACCUUCAGCCUCAGUCCCUCGCCUUCAGCCCCAGUCUCUGCCUCAGUCCCUCGCCUUCAGCCCCACCCCAGUCUCUGCCUCAGUCCCUCGCCUUCAGCCCCAGUCUCUGCCUCAGUCCCCCGCCUUCUGCCCCAGUCCCCCACCUUCUGCCCCAGUCUCUGCCUCAGUCCCUCGCCUUCAGCCCCAGUCUCUGCCUCAGUCCCUCGCCUUCAGCCCCAGUCUCAGCCUCAGUCCCCCGCCUUCAGCCCCAGUCUCUGCCUCAGUCCCUCGCCUUCAGCCCCAGUCUCUGCCUCAGUCCCCCGCCUUCUGCCCCAGUCCCCCACCUUCAGCCUCAGUCCCCUUACCUUCAGCCUCAGUCCCCCGCCUUCAGCCCCAGUCUCUGCCUCAGUCCCUCGCCUUCAGCCCCAGUCUCUGCCUCAGUCCCUCGCCUUCAGCCCCAGUCUCUGCCUCAGUCCCCCGCCUUCUGCCCCAGUCCCCCACCUUCUGCCCCAGUCCCCCCCCUUCUGCCCCAGUCCCCCCCCUUCUGCCCCAGUCCCCCCCCUUCAGCCCCAGUCCCUCACCUUCAGCCCCAGUCCCCCCCCUUCUGCCCCAGUCCCCCACAUUCAGCCCCAGUCCCUCACCUUCUGCCCCAGUCUCUGCCUCAGUCCCUCACCUUCAGCCUCAGUCCCUCACCUUCAGCCUCAUCUCCCACCUUCUGCCUCAGUCUCCCACCUUCUGCCUCAGUCUCCCACCUUCUGCCUCAGUCUCCCACCUUCUGCCUCAGUCUCCCACCUUCUGCCUCAGUCUCCCACCUUCUGCCUCAGUCUCCCACCUUCUGCCUCAGUCUCCCACCUUCUGCCUCAGUCUCCCACCUUCUGCCUCAGUCUCUGCCUGUGUGCAAAUCUACAGGGGGCAAAGCCGUGCUGGACAGGGCAAUCACCGUGGAGGAGCCGCCCGGCGCCGGGGGGCAAUAA